UUCUCUCCAUUUCUAUGACACUCCUACAGGGUGGAGUUUGUUUCACCAACUCCUAUUACACAGACACACUGUGCCUCAGAGACCGACUACAUUCUGUACGCUGUACAUCAACCAUUAAGAUGGGAUUUGGAAAACACCAGCCAAAGUCUGAUGACCAGGCAGAAGAGAAGGAACAUUUAACACCCCUCACAGACUCGGACUCUGAAAAGACUGCAGAUAAUCCUAAAGAACAUAUGAAAAAACAUAAAGGAACUUGGCAGAAACUAAAAUCACCCAGAGUUCCAAGGCUCUAUGUUUUAAUUGGAUCAGCACUAUCAGUAACUUUGAUCACUAUCUUUAUUGCUCUUCUGUUUGUAAGAGAAAAGACACCUGAAACAAGAGUGGUAGAGAGUCCAAUAUGUGUUCAGUGUGAGGAUGACUGGAUCUUAUACAGAGGAAAAUGUUACUAUUUAUCAGACCAGAUUGAUACAUGGACGGACAGCCAGGACUUCUGCAAAUCACACAAUUCAUCCCUGGCAAUUAUUGAUAAUGAAAAAGAAAAGAAUUUUUUUAAUCUCCUGAACUCUAAUAAUUACUGGAUUGGACUGAGCAGGACACAAGAUGACUCAGGCUGGGUCUGGACUGAUGGAACAUUCUACUCAGAAACAAUAUUUUAUAUUGGUAGAAGGCCAAUAGAACCUGGUGAAUCAGAGAAUGUUUACCUGAAUGGUGAAGGUUUUAAGAGUGAUAGUGGAAGAUAUCCAAGGAAAUGGAUUUGCAGCAAGAGUUUUUUAGGUCAUUCUCCUGAAUACCCUGGGAUUAUUUAAAAACAUGUCUAAUUACGUCUUCAGAGCAUCCUAACAGCUAUGUAGGAUUCCUAAAACCUGGUGUGCAAACUGUAACUGGGGUUCCUCCUCUGUGUACUAUGGAGAGCAAGAGAUUAUCUUCUCCAGAUCUAGAGGACAAGAGAGUAAAGCCCUGUACACACGAUCAGAUAUCUGAUGGAAUCUAAUCCGAUGGAUUUUUUCGUCAGAUAUCCGAUG